GGGGCUUGCUUUCCCCGUCCCCUAAGUCAAACAUGGGAUCCAGCAGCGACCCACCCUCGGCACACGGAAUGCUGAGGGCUCCGCGGAAGAACGCGGUGUGGACCGGACAUCCAGGAAUCCUGGCCCACAGCCUUGUCCACAACUCCCACCAUCUCACCAUUUUGCCCCGCACAGGAUAAACCACCGGUCCACCACCACCACCGGAAGAACACGUCGGCAGGAGCAAGCGCGUUGAGCAACAGGAAGAGGAUGUAGUCCCUCCACCGUGGCAUUGUGGGAUUUGUAGUCCCGUGGUUUCAGAUGUAGCGGUAACUGGGACCAUGAGGACUUGGUGAGUCUGUUCGCGGCGGUGGAUCACGUGACCGGAGCGCGGGCUUUGGAAGGCGGCGAAGCUGGAAAAGGCUUUGGUUCUGCAUCAGAAGCGCGGGCUCGGGACUGUCCUGAGGACGCUGGGGACACCGGACCACCACUAGCUGCCGACGCUUCGGGCAGUGGAGUGCCAGGGCAUCAACCCGGAACUUCAGCUGUACCAGUGAGCUACAGUCCUCAGCCCUAAGGCUGAACUUUUGCUGCUUGUAUUCAUGGGGGAACCACAAUAAUACAAACCAGGAAGAAGUGAGAAAGGAUGGCAGGAAGAAGACACAGCUGAGCAAAAGAGAGAGGCAGGGCUUUUCAUUAGGUUUCCCUGCUGCACAGCCAUCGCUCCUGUGUUACCAUGGGAAUUCAAGGCCUUGCCAAACUAAUUGCUGAUGUGGCUCCCAGUGCCAUCCGGGAGAAUGACAUCAAGAGCUACUUUGGUCGCAAGGUAGCCAUUGAUGCCUCCAUGAGCAUUUACCAGUUCCUGAUUGCUGUUCGUCAGGGUGGGGAUGUGCUGCAGAACGAGGAAGGGGAGACCACCAGCCACCUGAUGGGGAUGUUCUACCGUACCAUCCGCAUGAUGGAGAACGGCAUCAAGCCUGUCUAUGUCUUCGAUGGCAAACCACCACAGCUGAAGUCAGGUGAGCUGGCCAAACGAAGUGAGAGGCGUGCCGAGGCCGAGAAGCAGCUGCAGCAGGCCCAGGAGGCUGGGGUAGAGGAAGAGGUGGAAAAGUUCACCAAGCGGCUGGUGAAGGUCACCAAGCAACACAAUGAUGAGUGCAAACACCUGCUGAGUCUCAUGGGCAUCCCGUACCUCGAUGCACCCAGUGAGGCGGAGGCCAGCUGCGCUGCCCUGGUGAAGGCUGGCAAAGUCUAUGCCGCAGCCACGGAGGACAUGGACUGCCUCACUUUUGGCAGCCCCGUACUAAUGCGACAUCUGACUGCCAGUGAGGCCAAGAAGCUGCCCAUUCAAGAGUUCCACCUGAGCCGAGUCCUGCAGGAGCUGGGUCUGAAUCAGGAGCAGUUUGUAGACCUGUGCAUCCUGCUGGGUAGUGACUACUGCGAGAGCAUCCGGGGCAUUGGGCCCAAGCGGGCCGUGGACCUCAUCCAGAAGCAUAAGAGCAUUGAGGAGAUCGUGCGGCAGCUGGAUCCCAACAAAUACCCUGUUCCAGAAAACUGGCUCCACAAGGAAGCUCAGCAGCUCUUCCUGGAGCCUGAGGUGCUGGACCCCGAGUCUGUGGAGCUGAAGUGGAGCGAGCCAAAUGAGGAGGAGUUGGUCAGAUUCAUGUGUGGGGAAAAGCAGUUUUCUGAGGAGCGAAUCCGCAGUGGGGUCAAGCGACUGAGUAAGAGCCGCCAGGGCAGCACCCAGGGCCGCCUAGACGAUUUCUUCAAGGUGACCGGCUCACUCUCCUCAGCUAAGCGCAAGGAGCCAGAACCCAAGGGGCCUGCCAAGAAGAAAGCAAAGACGGGGGGAGCUGGGAAGUUCAAGAGGGGAAAAUAAACGUGUCCUCCUUC